AUGCCCGCGACAAGCUCGCCGGAAGAGCAGGCGGUCGAUCGCGAGUACCCGCAGCGGCAUCGUCAUCAUCCUCAUCAGGAACUUGGACCGUUGCAGCAUAACCACAACGUGGCUGAAUUCCAGUCUCGGCUUCAUUGUCAACAGAAUCAAAGCUCAUGGUCAACUUUACAGCAUCAAACCUCCCAACAGGAUUUACGUCAUUCGUAUCCUCAGUCUAAUACUCACCUCACUGUCCCGAGUGUACCUGCUGCAGGCUCGACAUCCCGCUCGUCUUCAAUUUCUCCUGUUCCAACACCGUCGAUAUCUCCCCCAGCUUCUGCCGUAUCUAUCGACGCUCUGUAUUCACCCCGAGAUUGUUCGCCGCCAGUGCCAACUCCCUCUUCGACCGGUACCGAGGUUUACGGCAGCCAUCCGCAGCGAGACUCAUACGACCGCAAUAGCUCGGGGAGACACAGCCAGGAUAACAUUAGCCUUGAACCUCAAGGGCGCAAUCCGGCCAACAUGGCCAGCUGGUCAGGACAGCCCGCGAUCAGAGGCAACUCUGAGGCUGUGCGCAUGAUUUUAUUGAGUUUCGUUACUAUUGGCAUAACUUUCACAUGGGGUAUCGAAAUGACAUACUGCACGCCAUAUCUGCUUAAUCUUGGUUUAACCAAAAGCAACACAUCUCUAGUAUGGAUUGCUGGGCCGUUGUCCGGCCUUAUAGUUCAGCCUGUUGUCGGCGUCAUUGCGGAUGAGAGUUUUACCCGUGAGAUUGUCGGUUUCGUGGUGACCGAUGAUGAGGCUGCCAAGCGACCUACGAUAGUAUUGGCUGUAUUGGCCAUCUAUGUUGUUGAUUUCGCUAUUAAUGCCGUUAUGUCAUGCUCCAAGAGUCUCAUUGUUGAUACGUUACCAAUCGACAAACAGCAGACGGGGGCGGCUUGGUCAAGCCGUAUGUCUGCAAUUGGUCAUAUGAUUGCGUAUGGUGCCGGGGCUGUAGAUUUAUUGAAGCUUUUUGGAACCACGCUCGGCGAUACUCAGUUCAAACAGCUCACAGUCAUCUCGACCAUUGCUCUUCUGAGUUCAACGUCACUCACUUGCUGGGCCGUUACAGAGCGGGUGCUGGUAGCCUCCAAACCAGCCCAACAUGAGGGUCGCUUCAAAGUCUUUCGCCAAAUCUGGGCGACACUUCUAAACCUACCUCCUCGAAUUCAAGCCAUCUGCUGGGCACAGUUCUGGGCUUGGAUCGGUUGGUUCCCUUUUCUUUUCUAUAGUACCACAUGGGUUGGUGAAACAUACUUUCGUUACGACGUGCCCGCCGAUGCGAGGAAAUCCAAGGAUACUCUCGGUGCCAUUGGGCGCAUAGGAAGCACUGCGCUUGUUAUUUACUCCGUAAUCACAUUUGCAGGUGCCUGGAUUUUGCCCAUGUUUGUCCAGUCUCCUGAGGACAACUCCUUUACCCACCGGCCUCCUCAGGCAAUCGCAGGCUUCUUGACACGGUUCAACAAGGUGAAGCCUGAUCUAUUGACAGCUUGGAUGUUUGGGCACCUAAUGUUUGCUGCGUCCAUGUCCUUGGCGCCAUUUGCAACCAGCUUCCGAUUUGCGACUGUUCUGGUGUGUCUAUGCGGCAUACCUUGGACUCUCGCCAUGUGGGCUCCGAGUGCUUUCCUCGGCGUAGAGGUCAAUAAGCUCGGAGGUGGCGCCGGAUCAGAUGGUGCAUAUCGUCGCAUUUCGGACGAGCCCGACAUUGAGCUCUCCGAGAUCAGCCACGAUGAUGCAGCUUUGCAGCUUGACCACGGUUCAGAGGUUGGCAUGCCAUCUACGGCUUCUACAGGCGAGUUAUCGGGUAUAUACUUCGGCAUCCUAAACAUCUAUACGACGUUGCCACAGUUUGUUGGUACGUUUAUAUCUACCAUCGUGUUCGCGGUCCUCGAGCCUGGAACGAGUCCCGAGCUCGCGGGUGAUGAAAAGAAGCAGCCAGAUCCAGAUGGUCCGAACGCGAUUGCGGUGUGCCUAUUCAUCGGAGCCAUGAGCAGUUUGGUUGCAGCAUAUGUGACCCGGAAGCUAAAAGUCAUGUAA